AGAACAUCAUGGAGGUUCCUUUGUCUUAUCAUAGACAAUGGUCCCCAAAUUAUCCAAAUUAUGUGUUAUUCGACUACGAAGGAGACAAACAUUUUAUAAAGCUUCAUAAAUAUGGUAACCGUUUCUAUUUUGGUGAUGGACUCAAGGAACUUAGGAGAAUCCAUGGCAUUCACGAAAGUGUUCUCAUGCGGUUUGUUGGAAGGGACAAAAAUACUACUUUCAGUGUGGACAUUGUGGGACCUCUACACCAAAAGGCAGCCCCAACCAUAAGGCACCAUGUUUUUACCAUUGAUGUCUCUGAAGAUAUGAUACAACAAAAUUAUCAAUUGGUUCUGCCACCAGAGGCUUCAAUUUAUUUAACUGCAUCAAAAAAAUAUAUGGUUGUGGAUCGUGGUAGUGGUAGGCAUAAAAAAUGGAUGAUCACCAUGAACAAUGGCCUAUCAUGUGUUACUGACGCAUGGAUUCAUUAUUUAGGUGACUGUCAUUUGAAGGCUGAAGAUGAGGUCAUCUUUUUCUACAACAUUGACCAACAUCUAUGGGAGGUCCUCUAUAGGAAGCAGGUUACAUGGGAUGACACAGAGGAUGAAGCUGACUCCCCUUGA